UAGGGCAACUCUUGGAACGAACUACUGCAGAGACCGACAGCACUAGAGGCAUAACAAUGGCAUAGAAGCAAAUCGGAUGAUGGCGUCGCUGCAGGCACCUGCAGGCACAUGCUCGUUCAUCACGAGCCAUGCAGUGCGUUCUCUCCUGACUCCUGAGCCAUCUGCGAAGAAGCAACGAGGCCACUACCAAACUUUCUUUAGCCUCUCCCGAUCCAUGAACCAGGCCUGCUUCUCGGCCCCGACAAGUUGUCAUCCUCCAUCGAGUCUGGUUCGACACAUCAUCCUACAGCAGGGAGGGUAGCUAGCUAGGGUAUUUGUGUAGCGCCUGGUCUGUUCCGACCAUCCUCAGCAAUGCGCCGCCAUGGGCUGGGUCCAUAACCUGACCGUGCCCGAUCCGCACAGCCAUGUGCCCCGCGUCAUUGCCAUCUGCCUGACAUUUUCCAUCGCGGCCUGUCUGGCUGUGGCCUUGAGAUUGUACAUCCGCAUUCAUACAAAACGGUCUGCCUGGGUGGAUGAUUUCGCGGCACUAUGGAGUGCCGUGUUGGCUAUGGCAUAUGGCGCAGUGGCUGUUGCGCAAACGAGAUGGGGCCUCGGACUAGAUGCAGCGUACUUUCCAGAUGAGAACGUCGUCAUGUUCAGCAAGAUCCAAUACGCCGGCGGCCCCAUUUACACUCUCGCGCUGCUCGGCUUCAAAGUCUCCCUGCUAUCGUCGUACCUCCGCAUCGGAGGGUUCGUGUCGGCCUACCGGGCGACGAUUAUCGUGGCCAUCGUGGCAGUGGUGUGCAACCAAUUAAUCUUUACGUUUCUGUUGUGUUUUGCGUGUGAUCCGGUCUCUCGGCAAUGGGACAUGACCCUUCCCGGCACGUGUAUCAACACUGUUGCCUCUUAUUAUGCUCUCGCAGGAACCAGCCUCGGCUUCGACAUCAUCAUCAUCGCCCUUCCCCUCCCCGUCCUCUGCACUCUACAACUACGCCUCCGCCAAAAGAUCGUCCUAAUCGGCGUCUUCGCCCUCGGGUUCUUCAUCACCAUAAUCCAAAUCAUUCGAAUCUUCACCAUCAAAAACCUCAAAACCUACACAGACAGCCAACCAAUCGUCAUCUGGUCCGACGUGGAAAUCUCCCUCGGAGUAAUCAUCACCUGCAUACCGACCUACGGACCCUUCUUCCACGCCUUCGCAUCAACCCUCACAUCAUCUUAUAAUCAACACCGUAAUAAUAACUCUCCUGAUUCGAGUACAUCGCCGCAUUCAUUCCAGUUACGCAAGACCAAGACUGGUUCAGGAUCGGGGGAGAAAGGGAUGGAUAGGGAGAGAAAGAGAAAGCAGAGUCGGGAUCUGGCGGAUGCGUCGUUGGAUGAGGUUGCCAGGGGAAUGGGGGUGGCAGUGGGGUUGGAGAGUGGGUUAUUGUUUGGGAGUGGGAUUGUUUCGAGGGAGGUGUCGGUGUCGAGAAGUCGGAGGUCGAGUUGUAGCCGGACUGGGAACCGGAGUAGGAGUCGCAGUCGAAGUCCUGGGGAAGUUGUAGUUGGGGCUGGGGCUGGGAUUUGGGAUGGGAGCGUCUGGGAUGGGGGGUCCGCACAGACGACUGUGAUUAGUAGUUUGCCCCGCGUGAGAACCACGGAGUCGAGAACGGGGAGUGAGGUGGGAUUGUUUGCAGCUGGAGGUGCAGGUGGGGAAGAGAGAGAUCCAGGCAUGUUGGAGGCUGGAUUCCCCUUUUCAGGAAUGGGGAUGGGGAUGGGGAGUAUCAUGAGCAGUCGUGGAAUCGUGAGAAGUAUCAGUGGAAGUGGCAGUGGGCGAGGAUUGCAGAUUCAGAAAGUCACCGAGGUGAGGGUUGAGAGGGAGUAAUUCUUCCUUUCCCUCUUUUUCUGAUAUGGGAAGAGGGUGUGAGGUAAUGACCUACAAGAGUGGACAAAUCAAUACCUAAUGACAAAU